AUGUUUGGACUUGCUGAAGAUGAAAUUACAAACGAUUUCUGGAAGCAUUGCUCUCCGCACCCACAGGAUGUUUUGCUCAGGACCAAAAGGUGGAUGCACAGCCAGGAGUUCACCAACACGUUGCUGUUCUACCCUCGUGAGGUUGCUUUGCAGCGGAUGCCACUGGGCAUUGCAGAGAAAAAGAGCCUUGGGACGGAAUACCAGGAGCAUGUUCUGAAGUAUUCAUCGAUGAUGAGAAACCCGCUGUUUAGCUUGGAACGAGCUGCCGAAUAUCUUGAAAGCUGGGUCAAUGGGACAGUGGCUCCCAAUCCUUUGUUGGAUGUUUCCGGGGUGUGCGUCUUCAGUGGACCACUCCAAGCAGGUCCAAUCGUUGUUGGCAACCAUCGUCCUGAUACUUUUGCAGUGGCGCCGAAUCCGAUUCGGUUGCAACAGCCUGAGAAGGCCACGGCCGUGGUGAAGUCUUAUACGAAAAGGGCAAAAAUCAGAAUAGUGCACAAAGCAGCAGCACAAGCGUGGGCCCAAGGGGUUCCAUGGGCAGAAGCCCUUCAGAUUGCCGACAAGGCUAUCACUUCCGCAAAUGGUAGUGCCCCCCCCCUGAAAUUCUCUGCCAAAGGUAGAGGAAAAGGGAAGGGGAAGGGAAAGCGGAAAGGUUGA